AUGAGCAAGAAAGAUUGGGUCGAAGCACAAAUAAAGUCUGAUAAAGUUGUGAUAUUCUCCAAAUCGUACUGUCCCUUCUGCAAGAAAGCGAAACAAGCUUUUACAGAUGCAGGCUUGAAGAACUUCUUGGUUAUCGAGUUAGAUACCAGAGACGACGGAAGCGAAAUUCAAGAUAUAUUGCUUGGCAUUACUGGGGCAAGAUCUGUAAGAAUUUAUUAUUUUACUGUCAACCAAGUUUUGAUGAUUGUUCUUAGUUAAUAUAUCAAUUAUGUAAUAUUAUUUGUAACUUUUAUAUCUAUCAAAUAUAUAAAUGUCUCAAUUCCCCGGCCAUUGGUCGCUUUUGUCAUUUUGGCUAAAAAAUGCUGCAAAUGCCCCAGUAAGGGUCCAAAUAAUGCACCACCCUCAACCUGCAGAAAGCAAAUGCCCAACCCGAACAAGUACAGUUGAGAAUUGUUCUAAUAAACACCCGUGAGGUAACCAUGGAAUUUUGAUUGGAGACAUAACACAGGCUUCAAUAAUAAAAAUGUUUAAUACCCUGUGGUAUUGCAAACAUUUUAUGUGUAAAUUACCAAAAAUCCCUUUGAGGUCAUCCAGUGACGAAGGGGCUAUGAUAGUAACUUUUACUGGAAUUAUCCAAUUUUACAUAGGAGUGCAUACCCCAAAAUGUUAGAAGAUAUCUUGAUUACUUGAUAAAAUCGGUAAGCUUUGAUGAGUGUCUUAUAUAUCAGUAUCUGUCUUUAUCUCCAGGUUCCACGAGUUUUCAUUGGUGGAGAAUUUAUCGGCGGUGGUUCAGAGACAGCGGAACUUCAAAGUAGUGGAAAACUUGUGCCGAAACUCAAGUCUGUUGGAGCUUUGUAA